GGCUAUAAAGAAAGCUCGGGAAGCGCUUGAGAAUAUGGACAUCUCUUGCUCGAACCAUCAAGCACUCUCAUCACAGUCAACACAACUACAGUCCAACUUAAAUCGUCUUAGUAACCACUUUACACAACCAUCAACAUUAUGCCUUCCAUUCCCACAUCCCUCGUCGGCAAGCCCAUUGGCCCUACAAGCCUUGGCCUCAUGGGCAUGUCUGGCAUCCACGACAUGCCCUUUGACGAAGCAAACAAGGUUCUCGAAGCUGCUCUCGAGCUCGGCGCCAACUUUUGGAACGGCGGCAUCUUCUACGGCACUCCCGAGCGCAACUCGCUGCACCUCCUCGCGCACUACUUCAAGACCCACCCGGCCGACAUCCCCAAGGUCGUCAUCAGCAUCAAGGGCGCCUACGACCGCUUCACCCACAUCCCCGACGGCACGCCCGAGGGCGUCCGCGCACAGGUCGACCUGGCCCUGUCCGUCCUGGCGCCCGCGGGCAUCACCACGCUCGACAUCUUCGAGUGCGCGCGCGUGGACCCCAAGACACCCAUCGAGACCACGGUCGGCGCGUUCGCCGAGCUCAUCAAGGAGGGCAAGAUCCGGGGCUACGGGCUCAGCGAGGUCAGCCCCGCGACGGUGCGGCGCGCGUGUGCCGUGCUCAAGCCCGCUGCCGUCGAGGUCGAGGUGAGCAUGUUCUCGCGCGAGACGCUGGAGAAGGGCGGCGUCGUCGAUGUCUGCCACGAGCUCGGCGUCCCCGUCGUGGGAUACGGCCCGCUCGGCAAGGGCUGGUUGACGGGCACGCUCAAGACGCUCGACGACCUGCCGGCCGACGACGUGCGCAGGCACUUCCCGCGCUUCCAGCCCGGCGCGUUUGAGAAGAACGUCGAGCUCGCAAACAAGAUUGAGAGCCUGGCCAAGCGCAAGGGCGUCCCCGUCGCCGCUGUGGCCGUGGCCUGGGUCCGCCAGGUCGCGGGCGCGGUGCCGCUGCCCGGUGCGUCGAGCGUGGCUCGCGUCAAGGAGAACAUGACGGUGGCCGAGCUUACCGACGACGAGAUCAAGGAGAUCCAGGGAUACCUGGACACCGCCGAGGUUGCGGGACACCGCUACCCUCCCGUGUUCCAGGGCCUGCUGAGCGGCUAGAGAGGUGUUGUGGUGGUGGGAUAUUUCUGAAUCAGGGGGAGGAAUUCUGGAUGUCGUGUAAUAUAGAAUGAAUGAUGGUCGUGAGACACUAUCAACUGUGUAAGGUUUA